ACGUCAGGAGUGCGCAUGCGUCAGCGGCGCCGGUAGAUCACUUUGGGAAGGUCGAUCACAGACCCGUUAGCCAGCAAACAUGAUGUCCUUUGCUGCCCGUUCGGGGGCUUUUUCCCCGUACCUGCAAGCUACAAAUUAUGCCGUGGCAGGUCCACUAAAACCUCUCAUACCCGGAGUCGUCAUGAAGACCGAUAAAAUGUUGAUGGACACCAAGAAACCGUUCCUGUGCCGCGAGUCCUUAUCGGGUCAGAGCGCAAAGAGCGGCCUCGCCGUGUCCGUCAGCCUCAACGCUCGCUCCUCAGUGCGUUUCGCCCACACAGACAUCAAGAUCCCAGAUUUCUCUGACUACCGGCGGCCAGAGGUUUUAGACCCCAAGAAGUCCUCGCAAGAGAGCGGCGAUGCCCGACGUGCCUUCUCCUAUCUGGUCACGGGAUCCAGCGUCGUGGUCGGAGUCUAUGCGGCCAAGACAGUUGUCACACAGUUUGUCUCCUCCAUGAGCGCCUCAGCUGACGUGUUGGCCCUGUCCAAGAUCGAAAUCAAGCUAUCAGACAUCCCUGAGGGUAAGAACAUGACCUUCAAAUGGCGAGGGAAACCCCUGUUUGUCCGGCACAGAACGGAAAAGGAGAUCGCAACUGAGGCAGAUGUCAAUCUCGCUGAGCUUCGGGACCCCCAGCACGACAAAGACCGCGUUCAGAACCCGACCUGGGUUAUUGUCAUUGGCGUGUGCACCCACCUGGGCUGCGUGCCCAUCGCUAACGCUGGUGAAUAUGGUGGCUAUUACUGCCCAUGCCACGGCUCUCAUUACGACGCAUCUGGUCGCAUUAGGAAAGGUCCUGCUCCUCUCAAUCUGGAGGUGCCCUACUACGAGUUCCCAGAUGAUGACACAGUUAUUGUAGGAUAAAGGACUGUACUCGAAUAACUAUGAUCAACACUGAACAUGUGCUUUACUUGUUUGAUUUUUGUCCAUCUUGUUUCAGACUCAUAAUCUGCAUUGACUUGAUGGGUAACAAAGGUUAAUUGUAAGUAAUAAAGUGUAUUUUAUCUGAUGGAAACCUCACUCAGCUCUAUUUAUUCAGUCUCAAUAUACACAUCUAUAUGUGUUUUACAGAAUCACAUGGCUUGUUGGUUAACAGAUAAGGAACAAAUUAGAUCUCUACUUUGCUAUAGCUAUACACUAUACACAAGUGUUUAAGUGAAUAAGGCAAAAAGAGUAAGACAGUUUUUUUUAACAGUGGAAAGUCAGGUGGGUUGUUUGCAGGGUGUAGAGGAACAGAAAAUGUGUAAUUUACCUAACAAGCAACGACACAUUGCUUCUGCACUCUUUUGUCAUAGAAGUAAAGGUGACACCUGUCUGAUUGUCAGCGGAAUCAGAAAAGAACAGCGAAUGUGAAAUAUGGACGUAUUAAAAAUGCUCUAAGAUGUGCUUAGAGAGUUACGAAUUAAAUAAAAUCUUUACAAAUUU